AUGGUAGCUAUCACAAUUGCUGUCCCCGGGAAACCCACCGUCAACCUUGAUUUCGCUGAUAAACAUCCUAGCGAUGUCACUAUCAAAGAUCUGAAAAUUGCUAUUCAAGCCAAGUUCCCAAAACUUCUACCCAAUAGACAACGAAUUCUCUUACCUGCUACAAGCGGUAAACCAACUCCUCUUACGGAUGAAUCCAAGACACUUCAGGAUUACAAUGCGGGAGAAGGGGCAAAGCUCAAGCUCAAAGAUCUCGGUCAACAAGUCGGUUAUCGUGUAUUGUACUUGUGGGAAUACGUGGGACCCAUUUUCCUCAAUCCUUUACUCCUAGAAAUCUCUACCUUGAUCUGGGGUAAAUACGAACCUUCCACUGUCCAACUCACUGUUCGAAACCUCAUCGUUAUUCAUUUCAUCAAACGAUUUCUUGAAUCAGCCUUUGUGCAUGAUUUCUCAAGAGCAACCGUUCCCUUAUCAUUUGUCUACCGAAACUGUGCAUAUUACUGGGGUAUCUGUGGAUUGCUUAUUGGACUUACACUUUAUCGACCAGCAUAUUCCGCUCAAGCUUUGAAAGGUUCUUUAUUGAGUAAUCCAAAAUGGAUAACUUUCUGGACUAUCUUUGAAUUGUCCGCAGAAUUACUUAAUCUCAAUUCCCACCUCCAUUUGAGAUCACUCAGACGACCUGCCGGACAACCUAGGAUAUAUCCUACUGGUUUGGGAUUCGGUUUGGCUGUCUGUGCCAAUUAUUGGUUCGAAUUACUAGGUGUUUUGGCCUUGGUCAUCAUGACUGGUGGUGAUAUAGGUACAAUCACGUACCUCCUCAUCGGAGGAUCGUUCAUGAAAACAUGGGCCGAUCAGAAAUACGCUCGAUACAAGAAAGAAUUUGAUAAUAAAGUUUUUCCAGGAAAGAGGUACAAACUCUUCCCUCCUAUCUACUAG